UCGAUCGUGAACCGAUACUUGGUAUACUUUGUAACAGACACUGUGCACCAUAUUACCGUUGAAAUACCGCAGAUCGUUUUCCUUGGAAGCAUGAAGAAACAUUUGAUUUUCUUGUUACUCCACAUCGCGAUAUGUGAUUGUAUAGUUUCUGAGCAACCUGAUCCACCGAUUCCUUGUCACAAAAUUGAAGACUGCGUUGUUUUCUCGCAAACGAUAAAAGACGCGUCGUGUCAAGAUGGAUUUUGCGUGUGCAAAAGCGGUACGGAAACUAAGUACUGUUCCAGCGUAGGUAUUGUGCAUCAUAGCAACAGAAGCACGGAUAAAGGAGGUUCAAUUUACUCGAGUUGCAAGCACGAUCAGGAUUGCCAGCUGAACAAUUCCUUUUGUAACACGACUAUAAGUCAAUGCGAUUGCAAAAAAGAUUACAUUCUGUCUACGUCUAAGAAAGUAUGCCUAAAAAAGGCUGAAACACUGGACUUUCCGUGCGUAGAAGACAAGCAAUGCUUUACAUUCUUGUCAAACACGACGUGUCAGGAUGGCCUAUGUAGCUGCAUGUUUGGACACCAUUACGUGAAAAAUGCUUGUUUCAAAACGAUCGAUAUGGGAAAAUCGUGCAAUCGAUCCGAGGAAUGCGCUCAUGUGAUCGGUGCAGUGUGCACUGAUAGAGAUGUUUGCAAUUGCGCAGCGGGGACUGUGAUUAACGAGGACAAGAAAAGAUGUUUACCAGUCGCACGCGAAAUCCUAGAAAAUUGCACUGAAAACGUACAGUGUAACGAAACCUUUUCAAAUUCGUUGUGCAUCGAGCGAUCGUGUCAGUGCCGUGAUCAGUAUCACUUCGAGCCAAUAAUGAACCGAUGUUUCAUGAACUACAGACUGGGUGAAAAUUGCGGAAACACGUACGAUUGUCAUCAAAUCGAAGACGGAAACGUGACACAGAAAGCAUUGAGGUGCGCAGAAAACAAAUGCAUAUGUGCUGAAAAUCACGAGAUAGAAAACGACAGAUGCGUGAUGAAUGCAGGUUCUCGUUUCCUCGUAUCCCUUUUUCCUACUUUCCUCACAGUCAUCAUCUACGUCGCAUUCCUCAGUCAAAAUUAAACUUCGACGCUUCUCUACAUCUAGGAGAUGCGGCCUGAAAAACGUUUAUUACAUAAUUGAACGGCUCCUUGAAGACACGGCUAAAACGCAACGCGGGAUUUAGCGCGGAAAACAGAAAAAAGCUAAAGAAUAGCGCGUCGGCGUGUCGGGUGUCGUUGCGACUCUACAGUAUUACACGUCGAGUGCAACGAGAGACAGACUACGCACCAGGUGCAUCGAAGCGUUUAAACACUUCCUCCGGCAUGCAUGCAAUUAACGCGCUCGGAGUGCGCUACUGCGACUCGUUUCUCGCAGCAGUCGUCUAAUUUACAAAGCAUUCGUGAUGCCAAAGACACGGAUACUUUUGCCAACCAGCAGAAACUAUAAUACAUCUCCUUACCUCUUGCC